AUGUCUACAAUUCAACAAGACCUUAUCUAUGAAGAAUUUGAAAUAAAACAGAGAAUACAACAACAUAAUGAUAACGAAAAAAACAGAACGCCAUCAUCAACUGUAAAACGUCAUCCUACAAAUCACAGUCAACUUAAUGAUGAUCAAUAUACAGUUGAGUAUCAGGAUGAUGACAUGGAAUUCCAAGAAAUAAAUUAUAACAGGCAAAGAAAAAAACGAAUUAAUAAGGACAAGGACCAGCGAAUUCAUGCACGAAUGAUAAUUAAUUCAAAUAUUAACAAUAACAGGAACUCACAAGCGACAACAACAACAAAUGAUAAUAUUAUUAAAGGUGAUUCAGUUCGAAUAUCCAAGCACGCAUUAGAUUAUGCAUCUGAAUAUCAUCAUCAACCGUUUAAAAUUGAAUGUGAUCCAAAAUUAAAAGAUCAACGUGAAGGAUCAAAAUUUAUUCAAGCAAUCAUUAAUUAUAUUAAAAUUGAUUUUUACAAGCAAAAUGUAUCGUAUAAUAAACAGUUAUUGUUUGAUCUGUGGUGGAUUGAUAAAGAGGGAAAUAUUCGAGCAAUUGUUAAAUAUACGGAAAUUGCUGUUUAUUUAUCACAAGUAAAUCGACAUCCAACAGAAAUAAAAAAAUAUAAAAAUAACACCACAUCCACCAAACCAUCUUCCACCUCAACAUACAGCAAUAUCGAAAUGGCAGCUGUUUAUGUUCCACCAAAAAAUUUACCUCCUUUUGAACUUUUUCAAGCACAUGAUAAUGAAAAUAUCAUCAUUUUUGGCGACUUUAAUGCAAAACAUCAAGAAUGGGAUUGUGAGAAAAAUAAUUUAAGUGUAAAUCGAAUAAAGGAAUGGAUUGAAAAUGAAGGUUGGCAUAUACUAUACCCUUCAAAACCAACAUCUAAAAAAUCCAAAUCUAUUAUUGACUUUGCCAUAGGACAAGACAUCAAUGGAUGGAAUGCAGAAACUUUGGAUGAAGGUACAUCAGAUCAUUAUCCAGUGAUCUUUUUUUCUCCUUUCUCGGCAACAGAAAAUGGGUCUUUUAGAGCAACCAACUGGAAAAUUUUUUACUAUUUUUUACAAUCUACGUUCUCAUAUUGGAAUUCAUUAGUAUAUAAUAUGGAUCAUAAUACAUUUUUUGAAAUUUUUUCAGCAUUUCUAGCAGCUCUAUGGGAUCGUUGUAGUGAAUAUAAAUACGUUAAAAAUUUUAGAACUCCAUGGCCACCUUAUCUAGUAAUGUUAGCUAAAAAUAACAUAUUUCUACAAGAGAAAAAUAAUUACCUGCAAAAACAAAAAGAUAAUGAGUUAAAAGACAUGAAAAUAAAUAAUAAUGUAUGGUCAUAUGUGAAAAAUACUUUUCGUCCAUAUUCUCCAUCAUUUAAAGGUUUAACAACAUCAAAUGGAAUAAUCAAAAAUAAUCAAGAAAUUGUUAAUCUAUGA